GACAGAAGGAGGAGGGGAAUACCAAGUGUUUCAAGCGUGCUCUGAUCACUGCUCCGCAAGUCUGUGAAAAGCCCCACCUACCAGGUUUGGCGUCUAUUCUACCGUCUGAUCCCCCAGAGUGCGAUGGCAAAGCGGGACCUGAAUGAGCUUCCGCCUCCAUACUACUCUGUGGCUGUGCACACCCUCCCACCCCUCCAGUCUUAUGAGGAGGUAGUCUACGGAACGGGCCCAGGGCCUGCCCCUCCAAACCCACUAUACUACAUCCCCCAGCAACCUCCACCAGUGGCGGUGCAGCACGUCUGCCAGCCCAGUGCACCUCCUCCUAGCAAGAAAAAAUGCAAAUGCUGUCACCAUAGUGCCAAGUGCAUCGGUGGGUCAGGGGUCAUCUUUCUGCUGAUUGUCCUCACCAUGGCAAUCUGGUUCGGAGUGCGUUAUGGGGCCCGGUUUGAAGCCUUUGCUGACCCCCACAACCACGACGAUGACAAAGACGGAACAGGGAGCUACGGGAAGCUGUCAAGACUGUCUGUGCUUGACACCUGCCCCACAUCUACUGUCCAGUGUGAUGCUAUGCCUGAUUGUCAACUGGGCACUGACGAGUCUAAUUGUGUGAGAUUUGGGGCGGAUAGCGCGCUACAAGUUAGAACCUCUCAGCACAGCCAUUUCCUCCCUGUGUGUUAUCUGGGAUGGGACCAGAGCUACGCCGACCAAACCUGUGCCCAGCUGGGCUUCCGAAAGUCUUUUGGAACAAAGGCACUAAAAACACAGCAGUCCAUUGGUCUAACUGUGAACAAACAAUUGUCUUUGCCCAUCCAGGGCCGGGUCAACAUUAGCUCGCCCUGUCCCGACCAGAAUACAGUCUCUCUGCAAUGUACAGACUGUGGGCGUCAGCAGGUGACCUCCCGGAUCAUAGGGGGCAGUGUUGCCCAGCUAGGGCAGUGGCCCUGGCAGCUCUCUCUGCACUUUGGUGGAUCACACGUCUGUGGAGGGGUCCUGGUGUCCCCAGACUUUGUGGUGACGGCUGCUCACUGCUUCCCCAGGUCCCUACCACUGGGAUUUGAUGCCAGUCGGUGGCGUGUGUAUGGAGGAGUAGUGUCGCAAAAAAAGCUUCCUACUCCAUACCUUGUAGAGAAAAUCAUAGUGAAUGAGAACUAUGACAACAAAACCAAUGACCAGGACAUCGCCUUGCUUAGGCUGGCCUCACCAGUCGAGUUCAGCUAUGCUGUUCAGCCUGCCUGUUUGCCAGCCUUUGACCAGACCUUGUCCCAAGGAACCAAAUGCUGGACCUCAGGCUUUGGAACAACAAACGAAGGGGCAGCUGUACCCUCCAAAGUCCUGAUGGAGGUAGGCGUCGGAAUCAUCGACAUACGUUUGUGCAACAGCUCAAAAGUGUACCCCGGCUGUGUGUCCGAGAACAUGCUGUGUGCCGGAGAUAUCAACGGAGGCCGGGACUCUUGUCAGGGAGACAGCGGUGGUCCCCUGGUGUGCCAGGACAGAGACAGCCGUUGGCAGCUGGUGGGCGUGACCAGUUGGGGCAGCGGAUGUGGGUUGCGUAACAAGCCAGGGGUGUACACCAAAGUGUCCAGCCUAUUACCCUGGAUCUACAGUAAGAUGCAGAUGGAGAAUCUGUGAUGUCACUUCCUUUCCAGAGAGCUCACCGCAUCCUGUUUCCAAGAACACCUGGCAGCCUGCUUCUUCUCUGAAUAUCAAGCGCACUGAGACUGAUGCUGGAUUAAACCAUCAAUGGAUGGACCAAUAGAUAGAUGGAGGGAUGGGAGAUAGAUGAAUUGACAGACAGAGGAAAUGAUUACCACUGACAAAGGGAGCAUAAAGGCCAAUUGCACUUUAUCUCCAGACCAUAGUUUUUUGUUGUUUUUCUCUGUUCCUGUACUAUAACUUCUGAAAUCAAAAAAGUGUUUUUACUGUAGUUGAGCCCAUGAUUUGUAUGUUUGAAAUGUGAACCGGAUACCAAGCCACGCUGUGCACCGAUGCCAGGGUUGUGUCAAAUGAUUGUAAAUCUUUUUUUUUUU